AUGGGAGCUGAAAGCAACUUGCUAUUCACCGUGGGCUCUGUCCUCUACCUCAUAGCAAGCAGCCUCUCAGUGAUCAUGUGGAAGGACGAACAAUUUGGCCUGGCCUAUUUGGCAGCCCUGAACCACCUUGGGGGACAGGCCAGGGGAACCUCAUUUAUGAGCAACACCCCCCCGGAGUCCAGGACGUUUUCAGUCAGAGGGAUCGUUUUCAUCCACCUCUACUGCAUCGUGUCCGUGGUUGCUGUCAUGAACUUUUGUCUUGCCCUCAACCACUUCAUGGCUUUGCCCGCUGUGGACACAUUGGCCCGGGCCGGCAAUGAGUUCUUGCCAUUUCUUUGGCUCCACAUCGUCCUGCUCAUCCACUCUGCUGUGGUCAAGACGCCGAAGGCGCAACCUUUCCAUGCUGUUCUGAUGGCAAUGCGCUGUGUCACUGUUGUUAUCAUGAUCAUGGCAGUGGCAACCUUCAUAGCAGGCCUGAUGCACCCGCCGCCUCCUCCAGAGACCUUUCCUCCGCCGCCCCGACUGCGAGCUCCAUGGAACCGCUGGUCAACCAACAGUGACAGCCCCGGGCCCGACUUUCACGAUCUCCUGUAUCCUUGGUGA